AGCACCUCCUAUCAAUGAAAAAAUUAAUAAAGGAAGGAAGGAAUAAAACAGCAACAAAAGUAAAAGUAGCAGCAGCAGCAGAGAAAAAAAGAAAAAGGUUUUAAUGGCUAUGGAGGUGUGGUAUGUAUAUAAUUUGUAACUUUGAAUCGAAUCACAUAUUGUGUCAAAAUUACAUAAAAACAUAUAUGGAUCUGUAAACAUCAGAUUAUGUAAACAACAAUAUCUCACUUUACAAUAUCACAAGAUAAACUUUUCGAGCUUGUGGCAUAUUUGAUGGGGAAAAAAAGAACUUUUGAUUUGAUGAAAAGGGAAUUUGGCUGGAAGUUGAAUGUUGGGGAGAUGCAUAUACUCCGUAUUUAGGGGACGUUUGGUACGAGUGAAUCAUAGAGAAUGGAAAUACAUAAGAGAAUGGAAAUGUAGAGAAAGAGAAUAAGACUUGAUAAUGAGCAAUUAUUCAACUGUUUGGUACCAAAAAGAGAUUCGACACUAAAUCCCACUUAAAAUAUGAAACCAUAGCAAAACAAAAAGGUAAAUUGACAUCAGCCUAUAAACGAGUUUGUGAGCAUUAACUCCAUCUUAAAAAUGUUUAAUCCAUGAUGCAAUAAAACUCUAUUUAUAUACUGAUGAUCUGAAUACUGGAUAAAGAAAUCCAAAUAUUUAAAGCAAGCUCGAAAUAACGGAAUUUUUUUCGUUUAACUGUUUGGAGCCUUCUUGACUUUGAUGAUGGUAGGACCUCUAGCGAUUGUUAUAAAGCUCUUACCUCAACCUUUCGCCUCAUCUAUUUUUUUGCCACUCCAUUUUCAGAUCUGGGAUUAGUGACAGAGUAUUUUUAAAAUUCUUAGCAACUCUAUCAAAAGAUAUUAUUGUUGUGGCCGAUUGAGAUGAUUGAAGUGGUGAUGGAUGAUGGUUGUCCGACUGGUGAUAAUGAUGGUAGUUUUCAGCAAUGGAUGUACGAUUACGGUGGUGGAUUGGUGGCGUGGUUACGAUGGUUUCGGUGAUAACGUAGCGGCGGUUGGCUGUGGUAAUAGGGAAGUAGUGGUCCGACAAUUAUGGUGGUGGUAAGGAUUAAGGAAGCAAUGAUGCGGCAUCUAUGGGGUUGGAGGUGGGGGUGGGGAUAGGUCAAAGAUGCUCGUAGGCUACAUUCACAUAAGAAUGCCAAGUGAGAAAGGAUCAAUUACAGAAGUAAACAGUGUCAAAUCCUGUUCCUUAUUAGGCUACAAAUUGUUCACUUCUUCUUCUUCAGUAUGUUUUUCUGGUCAGAAGAAGGGAUUAUCUGGGGUGGGGUUAAAGGCGAUGUUUAAGGGAACGCAUGUUAGAGAGAUGAAACUGACAGAAAUGAUUGAAAACAAAGUGACGGAAGCAAAGGAAGUGUGUGCUGGAGAUAAAGACUCUGAUGAGUGUAAGGUGGCGUGGGACGAGGUAGAAGAAAUAAGUCAAGCGAAAGCUCAUCUACGUGUGAAGUUGGAGCAUGAUGAAGAUCCUUUGGACUCGUUUUGCUCGGGUAAUCCUGAAACUGAUGAGUGCAGUGUUUAUGAUGAUUGAUAAAAUCAGAGAUCUGUAUUGCCUCUGUUUGUAAUUUAAAUUUUAUUUUUCUUUUCAUUUCUCACCAAUUUUCGGUUUUCAACUUUCACACUCUAUUCUCGAGUUUAUAGUUAUAAGAAAAGAAAUGAUAAGAUUAAAGAGGA